GAAAUCAUGUCUGAACACAACAUCAAAGAAGGGAAUAAAGCCCUAAAAAAGAAACAGAAACAACAACUGGCAACUGCUCCGACCAGAUGUCACAUGUGUAACAUACCUUUAGUUCAGGGACAUUAUAGUCUCAGGGGUAAAUCAUACUGCGAACGGCACUUCAAGUCCAAAUUCGUAGUUAAAUGCAGUGGAUGCGGCCAGCACAUUGAGGGACCGAAUAUUCCCGUGAAAGGCGAGCAGUUUUAUCACCCAGAAUGCUUCACAUGUCGACAAUGUCGCUCGAUUAUUCCU